UGUUUAGUUGGCACUGUCAACAUCAUCUAGGCCUCUACGUUUACGUAUACGCAUGAUAGCACAGCUUAGACUUCAGUCGUUGCAUAUUACUUUGCUUUGAAUUGAUAUGGAAACGUAAUCCAUGUGGAAGUGUGAGCAUAACUUAAACUUAUUUUGACUGUGAAUUAAUAUAUCGUACAUUAAAUUUAAUUUCAACGAAGAACUCGUAGUAUUUAUCUAAGAUGGCUGCAGAAGUAAGGUGGCUGUACAGUAUAGUUUUAUGUUUUCUAGUACGUGGAUUUUUAAGUAAUACCGCAUUUCAAAGAUUCGAGUACAAGUAUAGUUUUAAACCUCCUUACCUCGCUCAAAAAGAUGGCAAAGUACCUUUUUGGGAGUAUGGUGGAAAUGCCAUUGCUAGUUCUCAGAAUGUGCGAGUGGCACCAUCUCUUAGAAGUCAAAAGGGUGCAAUCUGGUCAAAAUUGAAAACGAACUUCCAAUGGUGGGAAGUUGACAUCCUUUUUAGAGUAACUGGAAGAGGCAGGAUUGGAGCUGAUGGUUUGGCAUUCUGGUUCACCCAAGAAAAGGGGGACUAUGAUGGUGAAGUUUUUGGAAGCUCAGACAAAUGGGUAGGGCUUGGAGUCUUCUUUGACUCAUUUGACAAUGACAACAAGCACAACAAUCCCUACAUCAUGGCCGUGGUCAAUGAUGGUUCUCGCCAGUUUGAUCAUGCCAAUGAUGGAGGCACUCAGAUGGUUGGAGGCUGUUUGAGGGAUUUCCGUAACAAACCAUUUCCUACCAGAGCUAAAAUAGAAUAUUAUAUGGGUACCUUGACCGUAAUGUUUCACAAUGGCAACACCAACAAUGAAGCAGACAUGGAAGUGUGCCUGCGGGUGGAAGGCAUCACUCUACCUACUAGUGGACAUUUUGGGCUCUCUGCAGCGACUGGGGGACUUGCAGAUGAUCAUGAUGUCUUACAUUUCCUAACCACCAGUCUGUUCCCACCUGGAGCAACACCACAGCCAGGAGUGCCUGGACAGGUGGGAGUAAGUCCAGAAGACCACGAGAAGUUGGCCAAGGAAUAUGCAGACUAUCAGCGCAAACUGGACCAACAAAAGGAGGACUAUCGGAAAGAACAUCCAGAGGUUGCUAAGGAUGAUGGGGAUCUGGAUGAGUGGUACGAGUCAGAUAAUCAGCGAGAGUUGCGCCAGAUCUUCGCAGGACAGAGUCAGGUGUUUGAGCAGGUGCGAGUGUUAAGCCAAAAGUUGGAUGAAGUGAUUGGUCGCCAAGAGCGUACCCUCAGCUUGCUGUCCAACAUUCAGAGUGGUAUACCAGCUCCUCAGAUCGUUCAAGUGCCUGGUGGUCAGCAGCAAGUGAUCGGUGAGACAAUCCGGCGACAUGAGGUCGAUCAUAUCAUUCUUAACCAGAACAAACUGAUCCUGUUGGCAGAAAAACUCAGAGAUUCCAUGUCCGAAGUUAUGGUGAAAUCAGAUAACAUCAUCAGCAAUCAGGCACGAGCUCCUACCGCCCAGGUUCAGAGUGUGGGGUAUGACAUGGUAUCCUUAGUCAACGAGCUGAGAGAUGGCAUCAACUCUGUGAAACGUGACGCAGCUGCCACUGCCCAAAAACUGGUCUCCCCUCCUCCAAGCAGCUGUCCCAAUCUCACUUGCGUUUCUCUACCCAUAUUUAUUUUCGUUGCAGUUGUGCAACUCCUCUGUUAUGUUGGCUAUUCAGUCUACAAGGACAACAAAGAAGCACAAGCCAAGAAGUUCUACUGAGAAGACGUCUACUGAGUUUAACCUCUUCAAUCCAACCUAGGCCAGAGCUGCUGCAGCAACUGAACAAUGCAUAUUUAAUUAGGGGUUUAUUUUUACCUCUUACUAAAUGAUGUUUAAUAACAUUUCAAGUUAAGGUUCUGUACAACAAUCCCCAUAUGUAGGGCUGGGAAUAAAUCACAGAAUUCACUUUUCAACUUUUUAUGUACUAAGUGUAUGAUUCUGUAAUUAGAGAUUUUUAUGAUGGUUUGAUUUUUAUUUUUGUUAUAUUAGGUGUUGUGCAAUAUGUAGCUUAUAUUGCAGUGUUAUUUUUGACAGAUUUUAAUAUGUCCGACUGUGUAAUAGGAUUUGUUGUUGUAGAAUAUUAUAAAUGUUAGAUUUUAUUUGGUGGGUUAUGAGCAGUAAGAUUUGUGUUUUCCUGAACUCCGUUUAAAAACUAAGGCUGUGGUAGUACAAUGGUGUAAGACAACUGGAUAUUCUUAUCAUCUCGAACAAAAGAAUUUAGAUAACCUUGUACUGAAAAUUUGUUUACCUCAUUUUUAUAUUGGUGUUUAAGAGUCUAUCCUAACACACACACAAACAACUAUAUUUCUUCCUUGAAAAUUACUUGUGUACAAUUAUAAACUUUGUGCACAAUUAGUUGUCUUUUAGUGAGUUAUACAAAUAUGAUUAGUUUUUAAGGGGAUAUAUGUGUUUCAAUGGUUAUUAUGUUUUUGAAUUAAUGGUUUUACUGAAAUAUAACGUAUAGAAUAGAGGUUAGUUUUUAUCUUCUCAGUGAAAUGAUGACUUAAGUUGCAUUUUUCUGACACAGUUCUGUAAUAACGAGACUGAAAAUGGGAUUAAAAAUUCAAGGCCUGAGCCAGUGUUAUGUGUAAUUAAUUUUAGGUAUGUAGGUUAAUUGAUGUUAAUAUUUUCCCAGCCCUAUUGUGAAUUCAUCAUUUAAAAACUCCAGCAAGAGUUAAAGAAUGUUUGGUUUAUAGCCUCAUAAGUACAUUCCGUUAGAGAAUAAUGAUUUGCUUAAGACUGUAAAGUGAGAAAGGUUUUGUUUGAAUCUCACAGACCACUAUUAUUCUGUUUGAUAACAAAUUUGGAAAAUUUCUUUUGGUUCUACUCGAAAUCCAAUGAAUUUAAUCUAAGAUUAAUUGUUCGUCAUUCACCCGUUGCUGUACACAAUUUUUGCUCAGUAUUCAGUUCAUCAUCUGCAUUAAUUUUAUCUUAUUCUGUUUCUUGAUACAAUUCAUAACUUCAUUAAAUUUAUGUCCUACUUAGAAACUUAGUUUAAAAUCUGGUUGUAUUUAUCAAGGUAUUGUAAUUUUGAUUCGAGUUUGUUUAAGUUUUAUAAAAAAAUUUUCUUAAAAUAAAAAUUUAAAAAUAUAAAA